AUGCUGCCUGGAUAUGGAUUCUCUCCUUUUCCUGAUUUCCAGCCCCACCUUCACUCUUUUCGUUGCCGAGGAGAGAUGCACAGCAUGUGGAUCCCAGGCCCAGGAGAGUCCCAAGGUCUAAGUGAGUCCCAGGAGGGCAGGCGUCUCCUCCACCCGUGCCAUCACAAGCACGUCGCUGUGUGUCAGCAGGAAACUUUGGCUUUUAUUGAGCUGCAACCCGCAGCUUCUAAGUUAAACGGUUUUGGCUCUCAGAGGCAAAACGUUAUUUUAGACGCACAACGCAACACAGACUCUCUGCCACUGAACGGUUUAAGUCAAACGCUAAAUGAAAUUAAUACCAUGCAGAAGGGCUGCCCCAGGACAGACAGUGAGAAAGAAAUAAGCUUGAAUAUUUCUCCUUGUUCAGCUGAUGAUGGGGAGCAUUGCCAGAAAGAAACAAGGACUUCUUUGCAGGAACAAACCGAGAUGCCGCAAACGGUAACAACGCUGUGCCGUCCGCUCCAUGCAGCUCUCAGCCUCCCUCUGUCCUUCCCCCUGUCCUCACUCUACACAAACAGAGACUCUUGGGAAUCUCAGGGACCUGGUUCUCCAUCCUCACCUGAAUGUUCUGACUGUCAGGGUCCAGACUCCUGCCAGCCUCAGAGGAGAGCUUCACAGAGGUCUCUGAGAGAGAAGUCUAUCCGGCGAAAGAUGCAGGUUUAUUCUCCAGACAGCCUGAGUGAUGACUCCCUCAACAGCCCAAUCCUGGAGGCGGACUACAUCUUUCCUGGACCCUUUGCAUCUUUUCUGGAAGAAGACCUGAGUGGAUUAUCUUCCUUAGAGGCCGUUUCAACUCCAUCCACGGACGGUGUUCCUGAUCUCCCAAGCAUCAGUCAGGACGAUCUUUUCAAUAUUCCAGCAGAACCCUUACAGAUUAUAGAGGACUCUGAGCCAGGAGAAAGGGAGGAGACUGGGUGCAUAGAGACAUCAGUUCCCUCAAUAGGAAGCUUUUUGUCACGCAGUCGUCAAGCUGACCAGGAACGCCGGCGCUUCUCUGCUUCAGAGCUAAUAUCCAGACUGCAGCUGUCUCAGAGGAAGAACUCAUUCACCCUGAAGCUGGGAAAGUCGUUGUCUGCUCGGGUGGCCUCCAGGGACAGACAGAACUCCAGCAGCUUCAGCCCAAACGCCGACUACAAGUCUAACUUCAGACACCGAAGCUCAGGAGGCUCCAGUGAUAGCACCCCACACAGUCCUGUUGGUUUGGUGCCUUCACUGCCCAGUACUGAGAAUGGGAUGCCUUUACAUCGAUGGAGCUCCAAACUUGGAAUGAGAAAGAAAUCCAUGGAGGAGGACCUGGGAACAAGUCCACCAGUUUCCAACACCAAUCGUCUAUCACGUUUUUUGCCGAGUUCAAUCCUCUACCAGGAAUACAGUGACGUUGCCAUCAACCGAGAGAUCCAGAGGCAGCAAGGGAAGGAGCCAGGGACAGAGGAGGAGGGUUUCAGAGACGAGGGUUCAGAUGGGACCCCAUCUCCAUCCAAUCUGUCUCCAUCUAGUUCCUUUCGGUCUUCUCGAGGUUCUGCCUUUGCGCUGUGGCAGGACAUACCUGAUGUCCGAUCCAGCGGUCAGCUCGACAACUUCAGCAACGAGGAGAGAAAAUUACAAGAGGCAAAGUUUGAGCUGGUGACAUCGGAGGCGUCGUACAUUCGUAGCUUGAUAAUCGCCGUGGACCACUUCAUGUUGUCUCAGGAGCUCUCUGAGUGUCUUGGAGCUCAGGAUAAGCAGUGGCUCUUCUCUAAGUUGCCUGAAGUCAAAGAUGUCAGUGAGAGGUUCCUUCAGGAUCUGGAACACAGGUUGGAGGAAGACAUUCUCCGGUUUGAUGUGUGUGACAUAGUGCUGGGUCACUGCCCAGCUCUGCGAAGGGUCUAUUUACCGUAUGUUACCAACCAGGCUUAUCAGGAGCAGACAUACCAACGGCUGCUGCAGGAAAACCCUCGUUUCCCAGGCAUCCUGGCCCGCUUGGAGGAAGACCCCAUCUGCCAACGACUUCCUCUGACCUCCUUCUUGAUCCUCCCAUUUCAGAGAAUCACACGACUCAAAAUGCUGGUGGAGAAUAUCUUGAAAAGGACAACACCGGGCUCUCGAGAUGAGGACACUGCCACGAAGGCGUUCAACGAGCUAAAAAAGAUCAUCAAAGAAUGUAAUUCCAGUGUUCAGUCGAUGAAGAGGAUGGAGGAACUGAUUCAUCUGAAUAAGAAAAUUCACUUUGAGGGCAAAAUUUUUCCUCUCAUCUCUCAGUCCCGUUGGCUGGUGAAACACGGUGAACUCCUGGAAGUGGACACCCAGAUGAUGAGCAUUUCAGGAUCAAAACUCAAGCUGCCCACCAAGCCUGUGUACCUCCACCUGUUUAAUGACUGCCUGCUGCUCUCCAGGAGGAAGGACACGUGGAAGUUCAUGGUGUUUGUUCACGCUAAGAUCGGCGAGUUAAAAGUGAAGGACCUCAGUCUGAAACUACAAGGAAUUUCAGGUUUCAUCUUCCACCUGCAGCUGUGUGAUGGCCAGCAGCUCAAACAUCAGAUCCUGCUCAAAUCUCACACAGAGAGCGGUAAGCAGCGAUGGAUUACCGCCAUGUUUCCAUCUGACCCACUGGAAGACAUUGAACAAGAAAAUGAUGAUAUGUCCCAGGUUCAAUGCAUCAAAAGUUACCAGGCCCAAGAGCACGAUGAGCUAACUCUGGAAAAAGCCGACAUUCUUCAAGCAAAGACCAUCACAUGCGAUGGUUGGGUUGAGGGCAUCAGACUGUCAGACGGGGAGCGGGGCUGGUUCCCCAAAACCUACGUGGAGGAAAUCACAAGUCGCAGCGCACGCCUCCGUAACCUCCGGGAAAACAUCCGCAUCAAAUGUGUCACGCAGAAACUGAAGGGGCAGGACUGA